UUCCCAAACUCAACAACCCUCAAUUCAACCUUUUCUUUCUCUCUCUCUCUCUCCCUAAUCUCUUUAGCAACAUACAUCAUAGCCUUGAACAUGGAUAACCUUCAAAAAUGCGAAGCAAACUACACCGCACUCACCCCUUUGACGUUUCUGUCAAGAGCUUCUGCAUGCUAUGCAAACAGAGCUUCUGUGAUUCACGAAGGAACCUCUUUCACAUGGGCACAGACUUAUGACCGAUGCCGUCGCCUUGCUUCCUCUCUCCGAGCCCUCAACGUUGCUAGGACCGAUGUUGUAUCAGUGCUGGCACCGAACAUCCCAGCAAUGUAUGAGAUGCAUUUUGCAGUGCCUAUGGCAGGUGCGGUGCUGAACACCAUAAACACCCGUCUUGAUGCCAAGAACAUAGCCACUAUUCUUCGUCACUCUGAAGCCAAAGUGUUCUUUGUCGACUACGAAUAUGUUUCAAAGGCACGAGACGCUCUUAGAAUGCUCAUGGACGACAACAACAACAGCCAACAAAAGGGAAAUAAUGGUGCCAAACCAACAAAUCAACAACACAGGGCAUUCUCCCUCCCACUGGUCAUUGUCAUUGAUGACAUAAACUCCCCCACUGGGAUCCGUCUAGGUGAGCUAGAAUAUGAGCAAAUGGUUCGUCAUGGUAAUCCAAACUAUGUUCCUGAGAUAAUCCAAGACGAGUGGACUCCAAUAGCGUUGAACUACACAUCAGGAACAACUUCGGAGCCAAAGGGUGUGGUUUACAGCCACAGAGGUGCAUAUCUAAGCACCCUGAGCCUGAUAUUGGGGUGGGAAAUGGGUAGUGAACCUGUUUACCUUUGGACACUGCCUAUGUUCCAUUGCAACGGGUGGACCUUCACCUGGGGUGUGGCAGCACGUGGGGGAACAAACGUGUGUCUUCGAACCACAGCCGCACGUGACAUAUACAGGAACAUCGUACUUCACAACGUGACACAUAUGUGCUGUGCACCGAUUGUGUUCAACAUACUGAUCGAGGCAAAAGCAAGUGAGAGGCGUGAGAUAAGGCUGAAAGGGAAACCCCCGGUUGAGAUUCUGACUGGGGGGGCACCACCGCCGGCAUCACUGCUUGAACAAAUUGAGUCACUUGGAUUUCAUGUCACACAUGCAUAUGGGUUGACCGAGGCCACAGGACCGGCACUUGUGUGUGAGUGGCAGAAAAAGUGGAACACGUUGCCACAGCAGGAGCAGGCUGAGCUGAAGGCAAGACAAGGGGUGAGUGUGUUGACCAUGGCGGAUGUUGAUGUGAAGAAUCUUGAGACAAUGGAAAGUGUAGCGAAAGAUGGGAAGACGAUGGGGGAGAUUGUGUUGAAGGGGAGUGGGAUAAUGAUGGGAUACUACAAAGAUGAUGAGGCAAGUUCAAAGGCUUUUGGGAAUGGGUGGUUUAGAACUGGGGAUGUUGGAGUGAUACAUCCUGAUGGGUAUUUGGAGAUCAAGGAUAGGUCUAAGGAUGUGAUAAUUUCAGGAGGGGAGAAUAUUUCUAGUGUGGAAAUUGAGUCUCUUUUGUAUAAGCAUCCAAGGGUGUUGGAGGCUGCAGUGGUGGCAAUGCCACAUCCAAGGUGGGGGGAAAGCCCUUGUGCUUUUAUCGCACUCAAGAAAAACAACAACUCCUCACCAAAAAAUCAGGUCACUGAAUCAGAGAUAAUUGCCUAUUGCAGAAAGAAUCUGCCACACUUUAUGGUCCCUAAGGUCGUCAAAUUCAUGGAGGACCUGCCAAAGACUUCAACUGGGAAGAUUCAGAAGUUUGAAUUGAGGCUGGUGGCUAAGAGUUUUGUGGUGUCAGAGAAUGUGCAGAGCAAGAAGAAGAAUAGUAGUAGCCAAGUGGGUCAAAAUAGUAUUCACCACCAACUUUUGGCCAUGUCUCGUCUUUGAAUUAAUAAGUUCACUGAUGUAAGUGAGUGUUCUUUUUUUUUUUUGUCUAUUUGGAAGAAAAGUAAAAAUGCACAUUAUCUGUUGUGAGUAAAUAUACUACGAUGUCUGCUUGAAUCUAAAUGGUUAUGGCUUCGAGAAUCCAGCUAUAAAUUUGCUGCAGUUUAAUAUUUCAACCACUUCCACCUUCUUGGACAGUGUCACA